GAGACUAAGACGGAUAACGCGUCAUCUCGCCUUCCCAAAUUUUCCCCCCUCGCUAGAUCGGGUCCAAAACCUCCAUCUGGAGCCGGCAGGAGAAGAGAACGAUGUUUAACUCGGUCAACCUGGGCAACUUCUGCUCGCCGUCGCGCAAGGAGAGGGGCGCUGAUUUCGGCGAGCGAGGGAGCUGCGCCUCCAACCUCUAUCUACCCAGUUGCACUUACUACGUGCCCGAGUUCUCCACGGUCUCCUCCUUCCUGCCCCAGGCCCCCUCUCGUCAGAUCUCCUAUCCCUACUCAGCCCAAGUGCCCCCGGUCCGGGAAGUCUCAUACGGCCUGGAGCCAUCCGGCAAGUGGCACCACCGGAACAGCUACUCCUCCUGCUAUGCAGCGGCCGACGAGCUUAUGCACCGGGAGUGCCUGCCUCCUUCCACGGUCACCGAGAUCCUCAUGAAAAACGAAGGCUCCUACGGCAGCCACCACCACCCCAGCGCCCCGCACGCAGCCCCCGCCGGCUUCUACUCCUCAGUCAACAAGAACAGCGUCCUGCCUCAAGCCUUCGACCGUUUCUUCGACAACGCCUACUGCGGUGGCGGCGACGCGCCUACCGAGCCCCCCUGCCCAGGCAAGGGAGAGGCCAAGGGGGAGCCUGAGACGACCCCGGCCUCGGGACUGGCGUCCCGGGCUGAGGCGGGGGCCGAGGCGGAGGCCGAGGAGGAAAACACGAAUCCCAGCUCGUCCGGUUCAGCCCACUCCGCGGCCAAGGAGCCGGCCAAGGGAGCCGCCCCCAGUAGACGCCCCCCGCACCCGCAAGAAGCGCUGCCCUUAUUCGAAAUUCCAGAUCCGGGAACUGGAGAGAGAGUUUUUCUUCAACGUGUAUAUCAACAAAGAGAAGCGGCUGCAGCUGUCCCGCAUGCUGAACCUGACGGACCGACAAGUGAAAAUUUGGUUUCAGAACAGAAGGAUGAAAGAAAAAAAACUAAGCAGAGACCGGCUGCAGUAUUUCUCCGGAAAUCCUCUGCUGUAACUGCAGACCGGGCCCUUCACGGGGAAGGGGGGGGGUGGCGGGGAAAGGGGAAAAUUAUUUUAUUUUUAUUUUUAUUUUUUAUUUUCUAACUCGCCUUCUUUCCG